AUGCAGCAUCGGUGUGGUGCCCCUAUACGACAGGAUUCUAUUGCUGCGGCGGGAACCGGACGGCCGUUCGAAGCCAUCCAGCGAGUCGCGUCUCAGGCGAUCGUGGGCGUCUUCCGGAACACAGCGCUCGCCAUCGCCGAGGCAGAGGCAGGGAUUGAACCGACUGUCGUACGCCUUCGAGCACGCAUCAUGAAGCAUUGGAUCAUCUGCCACACCUUACCAAGGGAUCACCCUUUCUGGUCCUGUCGAGCGGCGGCCGCAAUGCAGAAUGGGAGGUAUCUGUCACCGUUCAAAAUACUAGCGAAGUACGGACCACAAUGCUUGUCUGACAUGGAGGUCAUUCGACCCUUCCCUCUAGAUCCAUGGCAACGGUCUCUCAGGGAGUUGAUCAUCACUGUUGGAUCUGAUAUGAACGAGCUGCAUGAGGCUGGCCAUGCCCGUCUCUGGUUGUUCACCAGUGUCAGCGUCCGCAAUGGUUUGGUUGGAGUGGGGCUGAUUGUUCGUGUUAACCAAGUCGAUAUCGCCUCGUCAUACCGGACGGUCGGAAACGAUGACUCGCUCAACGCUCAUUACGCACAGCUGGGGAUGGUGCUGGAGGCUGUCUCAUAUGUCGUGACAAUGCUCCCUCGUAUCCAGAUGUCACCGUACAAAAUCCAGGUUAUGAUCGUCGUGAGCAACCCUGCUGUCCUGCUUUCGCUUGCGAAGCCGCACCUUCAAGGCGGACAGGCUCUUAUCACUAGGAUCACCAACACAAUCGGCCAGCUGUUGGAGAUGGGGACUAAGGUUAGCCUGCAGCCACCAACUGAUGAAGACCGCGAGAAUACUACACGAACACAUACCCUCGCACGCGAAGCAACAGAAGAGAACUGCGAAGUUAGCCCCCUCCCUGGGCGCAAGCCCAGCUCCGGGCGUCGGCAUUGCGAUGGGUUUGGGCGAAUACUAAACAACACCGGAAGAACCACUUCCAACUGUGGACCACUGGCCAGUUUACUCGCCAGCUGGAUUCGGCACUCCCAGGACCCCACACGAAGAUGCGCUAUGACAGCCUGGAUCGGGAGAAAGCAGCGAUACUAG